AUUCAAACCACAAAUUUUAAACUUGAAACUUCUUUUGUUUUGGAAAUAAAAUGAAAUUCUUAGUAAUUUUGCUUGGAUUAAUCUCAAUUGGACUUUGUGCAGUGCCAAAAGUACCAGGAAUACUUGACUGUACCUUUGAGUGCUCUGGCUCAUUAACUCCAGUUUUAAACCCCAAUAAUACUGCUACUACAAAUGGCUGUGGAGCUUAUGGGAUCAUUGCCCAUCCAAGUUUACUUCCAAAUUCAGAAUUUUUGAAUUGUUGCAACAGUCAUGACAUUUGCUAUGAAACAUGCAAUACCGUAAGGGAAACUUGCGAUAAAACUUUUAAAGAUUGCAUGAUGAAUUCAUGCAAAAAUUGGAGCUGUAGAUUUAUUGCCGACUCAUUUUAUGGAGCAGUUCAAACUCUUGGAUGCCCUUCAUUUUUGGAGAGACAAAAGAAGAGCUGUAUGUGUGUCUAAAAAAUUUAUUUCAUUAAAUUUUGAUUGAUAUGAAUUUUUUUAUAUUGAAUUCAAAAUAAAAACUUUUUAUUG